AAGGAGAAGCCGAGAAAGCUCGCAUUUUUAUCGCCAAUGGCUUCCAGACUUGCUCUCCUUCGCCUUCCUCUCUGUUCUCCAUUCCAUGCUUCCUCCUCUUCGAUUGCCCCACCAGUUCUCGGGAUUCUUCCUUCCGUUGCUCGUCAUCCGCCUCGUGCUUUCAGCUUUCGGGUUUGCAGUGUACAUUCAGAGACCAAGGUGGAACCCUUGAUUGAAUCAAAAGAUGAAUUCCAUUCUUAUGAAACAUGGAAGAUCAAAAUGCUUUAUGAUGGGGAAUGCCCACUCUGUAUGCGCGAGGUAAACAUGCUUAAAGAGAGGAAUAAAGCAUAUGGGGCUAUCAAGUUUGUUGACAUAAGCUCAAAUGAUUACUCUCCAAAGGAGAAUCGGGGCCUUGACUAUGAAACUGUUAUGGGAAGAAUUCAUGCAAUCCUCGCGGAUGGAACUGUGGUUAGAGAUGUUGAAGCAUUUAGGAGAUUGUACGAGGAAGUUGGCCUUGGAUGGGUGUAUGUUGUUACAAAAUAUGAGCCUUUUAUCCACUUUUUCAGCCUAAGACAAGAUCAAGCAGGUGCAAAUGUAGAGGCCAUCAACCCGAUCAACGAAACAUAUGGUUGCCAAAAUUGGGGAACUGCACCGAAUCAAUCAAGACCCUAA